UGGUAGUUGCCGUAGUUGCGUGUGGACGGGAGACUUGCUAUCACCAUGGCGGAGUGUACAACGUUAGAAAGCCUCCUGGAGAUGGGCUUUACCAGAAACAGAGCUGAGAAGGCUGUAGCACAUACUGGCAACCAGGGCAUUGAAAGAGCUAUGGACUGGUUAAUGGAACACGAGAAUGACCCAGACAUAGACGAGCCCUACGUCCCACCCGCAGGAAAUGUUCUAGGUGCAUCAGAACAACAGAGCACAUCCCAGCCUGAUGCUGAUCUUGAUGAAUCUGCUGAAAUGCUAAUACAAGAAGAAGAUAGCAAACAACCUAUGACGGAGGAGGAAAAGAAGGAACAGAUUAAAAGGCUUGAGGAGUUGAUGAGGGUCAAACAGGAGGAGAGAAGAGAGCGAGAAAGGCAGGAGGAGGUGGAAAGAGAAAAACAGAGGAGGAAACAGGGCCAGGAUUUGCAGCAUGUGCGACAAAAACUGCAGGAUGAUGAAAUGAAGAAGUUGGCUGAAGAACGUAGGAGAGAGAAAAUGGAGGACAAAAUGGCCAAACAGAGGGUUAAAGAAAAGAUUGCACGUGACAGAGAAGAAAGAGCACGCAAGUUUGGUGGAUGCUCAUCAAGUACUUCACCCACUUCUGAUGCCACUCCCCAGUCUCCCCCGGAAAACCAAGGUCCACCUCCAGCCAAAAAAGACUAUGAUGAAUGCCGGAUACAGAUUCGUCUCCUGGAUGGCUCCGCGCUGGUGGCAGUCUUUAAGGCCCAGGAGCCUUUAGCAGCAGUGAGAGUGUAUGUGCAGAUGAACAGCUCUGAUGAACAGCCCCAGGACUUCACUCUUCUGUCACCGUAUCCCCGCCGUGUCUACACAGAACUUGAUAUGGAGAAACCUCUACGUGAACUGGGUUUGGUGCCUUCUGCUGUGCUUGUGGUUGCAAAGAAGUAAAGCCUUGCUGGUCUUAUCUGUUCUUCCACCCUUCUAAUAUUGUCAAUGUGAGACAAAACGGGUUAAUCACCGGACUACAUUUUAUUUUAUACACAUACAUCAUUUGAACAGUUGAUGACUUCUUAAAGACCAUGACAAUAAAACAAAUACUAACCCUGACACUUAUAAAAAGUCAUGUCAAGUUUGGUUUGCCUUAUUUUAAUCAUUCCGCUGUGUAUUAUUUCUCUAUAAUGUUUGCAAUAGGUGUUUGGCCUGUGACCACAUUCAUGUAAAUAAAGUCUACUUAAUUACACAGUUAGUACAAAGCUCACUGUAAUAGUUUUACAUUUACAAUGGGAAAUGACAGAAAGACUGUUAAAUACACUUCUUUAUUUAAAAAUAAAAACAACCACCCAAAAAUCAAGUGUGAGUAAAAAAACACUGUACAAAUAUAAAACCACGGAGAUGCACCCUGUAUUCUAAAAUCUGAUAAGUUAAUCCCAGUCAAUUAUUAAACAGCUUAUGUGACCCACACAUCAUACACACAAAACAAUCGUUUGCAUUUUGUUUACUCUGUUAAAUAAAUGAAUAAAUGCAUAUUCACUUGUCUCUGUACUGCAUUAAAGGAUCCAAAGCCUGUG